AUGGUGAAAAGCUAUACUCGGUAUGAGCCGUUAAACAACUUUGGAGUAGUCUGCUCCUCUACUUGUAACAUUAUUACAAGACGUUCUGAGGGAUCAAAGUCAAUUGGCAGAUGUUUCGUUGGAGCACUCGAAUCUGUGUUGGAAUGGGACUUAAAGACUGGAGAGUUGUUAUCUAAAUGGAGAGACUCGGACUGUUCUGCAAGUGCUACUGCCAUAAGUAGCUUUGGUGAGCUCUUCGCGGUGGGUUAUAGUGAUGGUUCAAUUCGUCUGUGGCAGAAAGGUUCUCUUCAAGUUACUUUGAACGGACAUAAAAAUGCAGUUACUGCCCUGCAGUUCAAUAACGAUGGUACGAAGCUUGCCAGUGGUAGCAAGGACACUGAUAUUAUUCUUUGGGAUGUCGUCGGUGAAACUGGUCUAUACCGUUUACGAGGUCAUAAGGACCAAAUUACGGAAGUUCGAUUUUUGGCGUCCCCAAUUAGUGAUGAGACCGAUACUUCAUCCACUUCUGAACAAGAAUAUCUUCUUUCUGCAGGAAAGGACUCAUUUUUAAAAUUAUGGGAUUUGUCUGCCCAACAUUGCAUUGAGACACAUGUUGAACAUCAUGGCGAAAUUUGGGCUCUGGCCGUUACUCCAGAUGAAAAACGUUGUCUGACGGCUGGUACGGAUUCAGACAUAAAAGUCUGGUCCAUUUCACUUCCAUCGGAUGGCGUUCUUCGACCUGAUGUAAAAGCUAUAUCUUUUUUGGGCUCGAUACCCCGUUUGAGCAAAGAACGCCCUAUAAGUGUUCAGUUUAAUGACAACGGCAAAUUUGUUGCUAUUCAGUCGCAUGAUCGUGUUCUUGAGGUUUUGCAACUCCGUACCGAAGAGGAGCUUCAAAAAAUCUUAAACCGUCGCCGUCGUCGUAAAAAGAGUGAGGACGUCUCGCUCGCCUUAAAGGAUGAAUUUGCACAGUUUGCCAUCAUCCGUGCACCCGCUCGAAUAUCUUCGGUUUCGUGGACCGUGGAUGGAAAGAAUCCUGCUCUGGUUUGCUCACUUGGGAACAACUCUAUAGAUGUUUAUACUUUGAAUACGAAGGCCUCUGCUGACGUUCCCGUUACAGAGCGGCAUACGAAGACGCAUGCUAUUGAGCUUCCUGGACAUCGUGCUGAUGUGAGAACCUUGUCUUUGUCCAUAAAUCACGAUGUUCUCCUUAGUGGUGCGAAUGGCUCCUUGAAAAUUUGGAACGUUAAAACUGGAACGUGUUUGCUAUAUUGUCGCUGCUUCAAAAAUGGUGACAUCGAGAUUUAUGAUGUUGCUGGUUCUUCGCUCGUUGAAACUAUAAAGGCGCACGAUGGUGCGAUUUAUGAUCUUUCUGUCAGCCAGGAUGGUAGUUCUUUUGCUACUGCAUCGGCUGACAAGACCGUGAAGCUCUGGUCCAUUAAAGCUUCGACGGACUUGGUGCCUGGUACUACACGCAAGAUUGACUCCAUAAAAAUUAAACAAACACGCCAGAUUGAUUUUAAUGACGAUGUUCUUUCUGUCAAGCUUUCACCUGACGGUCGCUUAAUAGCAGCAUCCUUACUUGAUAAUACCGUAAAGGUUUAUUAUUUGGAUACCUUAAAGCUGUUUUUAAAUCUUUAUGGUCAUAAGUUGCCAGUACUUUCCAUGGAUAUUGCCUAUGAUAGUAAGCUUUUGGUCACUUGCAGUGCCGACAAAAAUGUUAAGCUUUGGGGUUUGGACUUUGGUGAUUGUCACAAAUCUAUCUUCGCUCACCAAGAUUCAAUUAUGGAUGUGGCUUUCCAACCCAAUUCUCACAACUUCUUCACUUGUUCAAAAGACCAUGAGGUUCGCUACUGGGACGGCGAUUCUUUUGACCUCAUCUUAAAAUUACGUGGUCACCAUUCGGAGGUUUGGUGUAUUGCCGUUGCCCCUACCUUCGUUGUAAGUGGUUCUCAUGAUCAUUCUAUUCGUGUUUGGGCUGAGUCCGACGAUUUAGUCUUUUUGGAAGAAGAAAAAGAACGCGAGUUGGAGGAGCAAUACGAAUCUACACUCGUCAACUCUUACGAACGUGAUGAACAAAUUGCCGACACGGAUGAGGCACAACAAGACAGUGUUGCUGCGGUUACUAAGCAAACGGUGGAGAGUUUAAAGGAUGGUGAAAAAUUGAUGGAAGCGCUGGAGAUUGGUAUUGCUGAUUUAGAUUUGGAAAUUCAGUAUCUUUUAGAAAAGAGAACACGACCCAACAUGGCACAUCCACCGAGAAACCCCAUUCUGGCACAUCUUAAGCUCUCGGCUGAAGAGUAUGUCCUUAGUGUUCUGAAAAAGAUUCGGACUAGUCAUCUUGAGGAUGCAUUGUUGGUCUUGCCUUUUGAUAGGGUGUUGGGUCUAUUCCGUUUCGUUGAUAUCUGGGCUCGUCGAGAAUGGGCAAUUCCUCUUUGUUGCCGUGUUUUAUUUUUCCUCAUUCGCACAUAUAACAAACAGCUUUCUUCAAACGAGGUGAUGGUUCCUUUAUUAAACAACAUCCGUACUAGUCUGCGGAAGUCGUUGUCGAAAGAACGCUCUAUGAUCGGCUAUAAUUAUGCUGGUCUGUCCUACUUAAAGAGAGAGUGGGAAAUGAAUCACAAUUCUUCUCUUGAAGAUGUCGACAGGACGUUGAUGGAGAAUGAUGGUAAAAAGCGUGCAUUUUCUAAUAUCGUUUAG